AUGUGGCGGCGGCUGCCCCUCCGUCCCCGCCACGGCGGCGGCGCGGCGACGGCGACGGCGACGGCGACGGCGGCGCGGAGGGCAGGGACGUUGGGCGGCGGCGGCGGUGGCCCGCGUCCCCCGCGCGACGAGGGCAUCAGCGCGGGGCUGCGCGGCUUCGGCGCGUACGGCGGCUCCGUCGCCGCCUUCGUGCGGCCGCCGGGGGAGCGGCCCGCGGACGCUGCGGCGGCUGCGUCGCCCCUCCCCUGCGGCGCCGCGGGCCCCCUCGCGCAGGCCGCCAAGGCGCAACAGAUGGCCAACAUUGCGCUCCGCGGCGGUCUGCCGUCGCCGGAGCCGCAGCGUCCGUCCACGACGACGACGACAACGACGGCGGGGUCCUCCUCGUCGUCCCACGCGUCGUCGCUCCCGCAGCGGCUCCCCCCCGACGGCGACGCGAAGGCGGCGACGCGUGGGACGGGGCCUGCCGCAGCCGCAGCCGCGGGCGCCGAGGCGCAGGAGGCGGCCGACUACUACCGCGCCGUCCCCCGCAACGCGCUCUCAAAGGAGGAGAUGUGGCGCCGCAUCACCGCCGCCAGCGCGGACGCGGCCGACCGCGUGGCCUCCGCCUUGCAGCCCUCGGAGGCCGACUACCUGAAGAUGGAGGAGGAGCUGCGCGAGAACGACCUUUUUCACUACCGCAUGGGCGAGAUCGCCUACCCGGCGGCGACGGCCACCCGGCGCAGCUACUACGCCAUGUGGCAGCUCGCCAUCUCCCUCAACAAGGCGCGCUGGACGAUGCUUGACGUCCUCUCCCAGCGCGGCGUGAAGACGACCGGGGCGGGCAUGAAGCUCCUCUUCUGGAAGGAGGCGGUGAACCAAAUCGUGGAGCGGCGGCAGAUGACGGCGGGGCAGUUCACCGAUUCCCACCCCGUCCUGCGCCCGUUCGCGGCGGUGGUGGAGCAGAACCCGCAGCUGACGCGGGCGUUCGUGCGCGGCUUCACCGACGCCCGGCUGCGGGUGCUGCAGCAGCCAGGCAACGUCAAGCAGCUCUUCGACCACUUCGACCGCUACUACGGCUACUUCUUCAACGCCCUGCUGGAGGCCACCGGCGUGAAGGACGAGGUCGCGGAGCACAUGCUGCAACACAUUGGCCGCGCCAUCGGCCUCACCCAGCACUGCGUGAUGUUCUGGAAGAAGUACGCCAACGUCGGCUUCACGAUGUUGCCGGCCGACCUCUGCGCCGACAACUACGUCAACAUCGCGCUGCUCAAGAACAUCUCCCUCGCCUCGCGCGACCGGGCGGUGCGACGGCUGCUGUACGACGUGAUGUGCAUCGCCAAGACGGAGAUGCUGCACGCGCAGCAGCUGGCCCCGGCGUGCGCCCCCACCGCCUGGCCGGUCGUGAUGGAGUGCGUCUACGCGAACUACUACCUCGGCUUCCUGCAGCGCCGCGACUUCAACGUGAGCGCCAUGUUUGCCGACCACAACAUCGAGAACCCUGGCUUCGCCUGGUACCGCGUGAAGAAGCGCUGGGAGUGGGAGCGGCACCAGAGCAUCGCGCGCCUCGUGGCGGAGGAGGCGCCGCUGCCGUUCCUCGGCCUCUCGCUGGGCCACGGCGGCUCACGCUACAAGAUGGCCUCUGGCAUCGGGCGGGCCCGCUAG